AUGACCCAUAUACGUACAUUACUUCGAUGGGAUGUCGUAGUGUGGCUCUUUGUGUUUAGUCUCUUCAUUUUUCUAAACUUCUUUACUGGUUCUGAUGCUAUUAUUAUUGACAUCUUAAAUUUUCCAUUUAUUCUGGGUACCUGCUUCAUAACGUUAAGUUUAUUGACUUCUGAUUUCAUAUCACCAUCGUUGCAUGAGAUAUCCAGAAAUGUAUUUGGUAUGUCUGAUCGAAUUUCUGGCAUGACUUUAUUGGCGUUGGGGAAUGCUAUUCCGGAGAUUACAACAACAUAUCAUUCUAUGAAUACAAAUGUUACCUCACUGGCAAUAGGUGAGUUAUAUGGAGGUGUAUUUUUCCUCCUUACAGUAGUAUUGGGUUCAAUGAGCAUGUGGAGCACUAUAAAAAUUGGUCGUAUCCCUGGAAAUAAUGUCAAUUCUAUCGUAUAUGACAGAGGAAAUUAUUUCCAGGAUGUCAUCACAUUAUUAGUGGGCUUAACUAUUGCGACUGUUUAUUUGCAUGAUGGAAGGCUUAGCGUGAUAGAAUGUAUAUCGAUGGUGAUUAUGUUCAUAGUUUGUUCGUUGGCUCUGGUUUUCAAUAGUAAGGUUAAUGAAAUAUCUGAUGGAAUUGAUAAUUGUUGUUUAGAAAAUGAACCUCUAAUCCCACAGGCUGCUGAUAGAUUUAACAAUGAGGAAGAAAGGAGAAGAUAUGAAAUUAAAGUAAGAAUACGAAAACAUAUGAGACAAAAAUAUCAUGGUUGGGUGAAUAUUCGAUUGAAAGAUUUUCUGGCCAUUUGGGGGAACCAAUAUGACCUAGACGAUGAGAUAAAUACAUUACAACCUUUAUUGAAAAAUGUGCGCCAUGUUUCAUUGGAUAAUCAUUUAAGGCCCAGUCUACAGGGUAUCAGCCCAUAUGAUAGACCUGUGACAGCAAAGUCGUUGAGUUUUGAUCAUUUACCGACGCUGUCGCAGGAUGUUUUCGAAAGUGGGAGCGACAUCGAAUGUUCAGUAACGCCAAUUGGUACACACACUGGAGAUAUAAUUGAAAACGACACUGACUUGACGAUCUUACAGCAAGCCGUUUUUCUUUUGACCGCACCUAUCUCAUAUUCAUUGCAUUUCGUAAUUCCUACUCCCGUAGAAACGCUUACACAUUUGACAAGAUUACAGAUCUACGUUCUCGCACCUGUCAUAUUUUACUGGUCUGUAUUAAGUUGGCAGGUGACGUUUCUGGUAAUGCCAAUAAUGGCGAUUAUGUUAAGAAUAGCUUUAUCAUUCUUCGAAACUAAAAAAAUUCUAUCUAUUAUUACAUUUUCCAUGUCAUUAGCAACAAUAUCGGGAGUGGUCCAAAUUAUUGUCAAAGUAUUGACUAACUAUAUUGAAAAAUUAAACCUAGAGGGCUCAUUAAUUGGGAUGACAAUCCUAGCAUGGGGGAAUAAUGUUGGAGAUUUAAUUUCAAACUUAACAUUUAUAAAGAUCGGAAUUGUUGAUAUUUCCAUGGGUGCUUGUUUUGGAAGUCCUUUACUUUAUUUUUUACUUGGCAUCGGGGUUGAUGGUAUUUUACUUACGUUAUUGCAAAAGAAAGCUAUUAAUUUUACAUUUGAUUCACAUAUGUGUGUCUGUUGUCUGGGGAUCCUUGUUUCUUUUCUUACUUACAUAGUGGCGGUUCCAUUAAAUGAUUGGAAAAUUGAUAAGAAGAUAAGCUGUGUCCUGUUAAUGGAUUAUAUUACCAUCAAUGGGAUUAAUUUAUUUAUCCAAGUUUCUAAAUAA